CAAAAAGUUACAUUAUUCGCGAGUGUUAGUGACAUGUGGUUGGUAAUACUCGUACUAGAGUGAAUUGUGCGUGCGACCGCGACAUGGCGAAAAUAAAUACGAUAGCCUUCGAGGAGGCUUUGUCCAUGACAGGUCUCGGCAAGUUUAAUCUGCUGAUGUUCUUACUGAGCGUAUUGGUGGUGACGGGGAUGACUUUUGAGGUGUUUUCAGUGUCAUAUCUGGUACCGGCUAGUGCCUGCGAGCUUAACACCACCGUGUUUCAGCAAGGCUUGAUAGCUGGGAUGCCUUUGAUUGGUAUAAUUGCAACUUCUCACAUAUGGGGCUACCUAGCUGAUACAAAAGGUCGACGGAAGACUCUUCUCUGGUCCAUGGUAUUUGGAUUCUGCGCAGGAUUUCUUGCUACUUUCUCAAUGAAUUGGAUCGUUCUCGCUGUUCUUAAAUUUAUAUCAUCGGCCGGACUAGCAGGUUGUUACCCUUUAGUAAUUACGUUGCUGGGAGAAACAACACCACAGAACAAGAGGUCGAUCAUUAUAGCGUUCCUUAACACGCAGUUAUUUUUGGGAUCAGGAAUUAUGGCUCUUUUGUCGAUACCAGUUUUGCGGUUGAAUUUCUCUUACUAUGUCCCCUUUUUGGCGAUAUCCAUGGAGUCUUGGAGGCUUUUGAACUUUAUCUUCUGUUUACCGUGUGUUGUCAGUGCAAUAAGCAUCUUUUUCAUAUAUGAAAGCCCUAGAUACCUGCUUAAGGAGGGAAAAGAUGAUGAGGCUCUUAACGUGCUGAGAGCUAUAUUUGUGAUCAACACCGGAAAGAGUCAGGACGAGUAUGAAGUCCAAUACGUGACAUUGAAUGAAGAGAGUGUCCAGUCAAAAUGUGACAGUUUGUGGGCUUCUUUCGCUUCGCAAACGCUUCCAAUGUUUAAACCGCCUCUACUGAGAAGUACAUUGCUUCUUUCGACGCUAUUUGUUAUAGCUUAUGUUGGAAUGCAGCCAUUCGUGAUAUGGAUGCCAUUCAUCGCGGAUGCAUUUAUGCGAUCUCUAGAGUCGGGUGAGAAAAGUCUCACCUUCUGUGAAAUGUUAAGAUUUUCACAGAAUCAAACCGUGACUGAGAGCAAUGAUUGCAGUUUGAAUGUCGUCGCUAUGACAUCAGUGUUUGGUGUAAGUUUGUUCUUGGCGGUCGCAAAUUCCAUCUUUAGUACUAGUGUUAAUCUUUUCGGAAAGAAGCGACUUUUGAUUGGAUUUAUGAUGAUGUCCGGAACGUGUGCGAUUUGUAUUAACUUCCUGCAUAAUUAUAUCAUGAGUGGUAUUCUCUUCACAUUGUACAUAGUUAGCGCGAUCAACUUCAGUUUCCUAUCAAUAUACACCGUAGACAUCUACCCCACAUAUGUCAAAGCGAUGGCUGUUUGCCUGACGUUGAUGGUGGGACGUGGAAGUUCAGCUAUCGGGAUUAAUGUCUUAAAGUCGCUUCUGACUUACGACUGUGAAUUAGCAUUCUACCUCUUUGGAGGUUUAACAUUAUGUGGUGGCCUCAUAUCGUUCCUUCUACCAACAGACAAGAAAAAGCCAUAAACAAUUGAAGACUAACGUUGCAUAUCUCGUGCGUUUUGAAAAUGACAGAAUACACUGAAGGGUGAAAUUGCGGGCCAUGUAUUGUGGUAUUGUACCAGGUCCCAAAUAUAUUUAAUCCAAGAUUGAUUGAUAUCUUUAAGUAUCUCCAUCGAUCUCUUCUCCACGAGCUAAUAUUUAUUUAAGAAAGCGUUACAUUUUUAAACAUAUCUUCAAGAUUUAAGUGGCAAUAAAAUUGACAGACUAUGAUGACAGAUUUUGUCUGGCAAUAUGAAUCUUAUUAUUUUAUAACUGUGUGCGAAUUUAAAAUUUAGAUUUACGAUAAUUUCUAUAUAUACGUCAAAGAUGUUUUAAGUAAUGAUUAAUUAUUUAAGUAGAAACAAUGGUUAUUUAAUUAGUACUAAGAAAGUUAUUGUAAAUAAAUAAUUUCAUUUUGGUUG